GGACUCUCGCCCGUGCAUGCGAAGAAAAUGGACAGACGUGGACAUGUCUCGUAGCGGAGUGAAAAUAUCUCGAAAUAUACGUUCGUAAGGCAGCUCGCCAUGACUAACGCCGAAGCUGAAUUCGUGCCGCCGCCGGAGGCUCCGGUCUUUGAGCCGACAGCCGAAGAGUUUAAAGAUCCCAUGGCAUACAUUGCGAAAAUUCGACCCGUCGCGGAACAGACUGGGAUUUGCAAAAUAAGGCCACCCCCGGACUGGCAGCCCCCCUUUGCUGUAGAUGUCGAAAAUUUCAAGUUCACUCCAAGGGUACAGCGUCUAAAUGAGCUUGAAGCUACAACUCGCAUAAAACUGAACUUCCUGGAUCAAAUAGCAAAGUUCUGGGAUCUUCAGGUAAGCUUCGAGCCCAAGAACAAGCCAGAAGAAAAAGGUUCAAGAUUGAAGAUACCAAACAUCGAGAAGAAAGCCCUUGAUCUCUACAAUCUAUAUCGGUUUGUGCACGAUGAAGGAGGAAUGGAGCAAGUGUGCCGGGACAAGAAGUGGACCAAGGUGGCGGCACGGAUGGGAUACGCUCCGAUGCGCACCGUGGGAUCCCUCCUGAGGCAGCACUAUGAGCGCAUCCUCUAUCCCUACGACGUGUUUCAGAGUGGUGCCAGCCUAGGCGAAAUCAAUCUGUCAGAGGACUCCGAGGACUGCGACAAGAAGGACCGGGAUUACGUGCCACACGGAAUCCCGUCUCGUCAGGCCAUCAAGCCGCCACCCGACCGUUCGGCACGGCGGUCCAAGCGCCACGGCAAGGAACUGGCAGAGGACGCACCCUCUCCUGACGACGUCGACUACUCCACAAAUAGUGAACUGAGAAAGUUGCAGUUCUAUGGCGCAGGUCCCAAGAUGCCGGGAUACUGUCCGAAAGGAUCUCCGGGAUAUUGUUGUGAUGACCUAAAAGACGACUGCUGCGAGACAAAGGAGGAACGGAAACCAAAACCCCAGAUUGAGCAGAUGGUGUGCCACACGUGCGGGCGGGGGGACGACGAGGAGAGCAUGCUGCUGUGCGACGGCUGCGACGACAGCUACCACACCUUCUGCCUGCUGCCCCCGCUCCAGGAGAUACCCCGGGGGGACUGGAGGUGUCCCCGCUGCGUCGCUGCCGAGGUGCGGAAACCCCAGGAAGCGUUUGGUUUUGAGCAGGCUGUGCGCGAAUACACACUCCAGGACUUCGGAGAGAUGGCGGACCGCUUCAAGUCCAACUACUUCAACAUGCCCGUGCAUAUGAUCUCGACGGAAACUGUUGAAAAGGAGUUCUGGAGGAUUGUGUCUGCCGUAGACGAAGACGUCACGGUGGAGUACGGAGCAGACCUGCACUCAAUGGAACACGGCUCGGGUUUUCCGACCAAGAACAGCGCCGACUUGAUGCCUGGGGACGAGGACUACAUGAAGUCGGGUUGGAACCUGAACAACCUGCCAGUUGUCGACGGCUCUGUCCUGCGCCACAUAAAUGCAGACAUCUCUGGCAUGAAGAUCCCUUGGAUGUAUGUCGGCAUGUGUUUUGCCACGUUCUGCUGGCAUAACGAGGAUCACUGGAGCUACUCCAUCAAUUAUUUGCACUGGGGUGAGCCCAAGACAUGGUACGGUGUGCCUGGUGGCAAGGCAGAGGUCUUUGAGGCGGCCAUGCGCAGCGCAGCCCCCGAGCUGUUCCACGCGCAGCCCGACCUGCUUCAUCAGCUGGUCACAAUCAUGAAUCCAAACAUCCUCCAGGCAUCUGGAGUGCCUAUUUAUAGAACAGACCAAAGUGCCGGGGAGUUUGUGGUCACCUUCCCCAGGUCCUACCAUGCAGGUUUCAAUCAGGGCUACAACUUUGCAGAGGCUGUCAACUUUGCACCGGCCGACUGGCUCCCCAUUGGCCGAGUGUGCGUGUCGCACUACAGCAUGCUGCGGCGGUUCUGCGUGUUCUCGCACGACGAGCUCGUCUGCAAGAUGGCGGCCGACCCCGACCGUCUAGACAUAAGCCUGGCUGCUUCCACUUACCAGGAUAUGCUCAAGAUGGUGGAGACGGAGAGGGAGCAGCGCAGGAAGCUUCUCGAAUGGGGCAUCUUCGAGGCAGAGCGGGAGGCAUUUGAGCUGUUGCCAGACGAUGAACGACAGUGUGACUACUGCAAGACCACCUGCUUUCUCUCUGCUGUCACCUGUUCCUGCAACAACAGCAAGCUAGUCUGCAUUCCACAUCGUGAACACCUCUGCGAAUGUCCUCCAAGCAAGCACUGCUUGAGGUAUCGUUACACUCUGGACGAACUUCCAGUCAUGCUACAUCGUCUAAAAGUUAGAGCCGAGUCUUUUGACAACUGGGCCAUCAAGGUGAAGGCAGCGUUGGAAGCCACAGAGGACGACAAGCUGGAACUAGGCGAGCUGAAGGAGCUGGUGGAGGAAGCGGAGGAGAAGAAGUUUCCUCCGACGGAGCUGCUCCAGUCGCUCAAGGUGGCGGUCCAGGAGUCGGAGAAGACCUCCAGCAUCGCCCAGCAGCUGCUGAGCAAGAAAGUGCGCACCAGGAACAGGCAGUCGCAGGACACGAAGCAUGUGUCGCGCCUCACUCUGGACGAGCUGCAGGUCUUCUACGAGCAGCUGUGCAAGCUGCCCUGCGUCAUCCGCGAGUCUGUCCUCAUCAAGGACCUGGUGGACCGCGUGCUGGACUUCCAGACGAGCGCCCAGGAGCUGCUCGGGGAGGAGAUGGGGGAGUCUCGGCAGCUGGAGAAGCUGCUGGAGGCCGGCGUGGCUCUCGACAUGGACCUGGUGGAGGUGCCCCAGCUCAAGCACAAGCUGAACCAAGCACGCUGGCUCGAGGAGGUCAAGGCCACCCUCCAGGAUCCGACGGAGGUGACCCUGGACACGCUGCGCAAGCUGCUGGACGCGGGCGUCGGGCUGGCCCCACACCCGGUGGCUGAGCGGGCCAUGGCCGAGCUGCAGGAGCUGCUCACGUCCGGGGAGCGCUGGGAGGAGAAGGCCAAGACCUGCCUGCAGGCCAAGCCCAGACAUUCUCUGCCCGCCCUGGAGGCCCUGAUUGCGGAGGCCAGCGAGAUCCCCGUGUUCCUGCCCAACCUGGCUGCACUCAAGGAGGCCACGCGCAAGGCCAGCGAGUGGUCCGCCAAGGCCGAGGCCGUGCAGGGUUCCGAGAACUACCCGUACCUGGAGGCCCUGGAGAACCUGGUGAACAAGGGCCGGCCAAUCCCGGUGCGGCUGGACCAGCUGCCCCAGGUGGAGUCACAGGUGGCCGCCGCCAAGUCCUGGAAGGAGCGCACCGGGCGCACCUUCCUCAAGAAGAACUCUGCCUACUCUCUGCUCGAGGUGCUCUCGCCUCGCAAGGACAUUGGCAUCUACCAGGUGACGGCGCGCGGCAAGAAGAAGCGCCUGCGGGACGGCCUCGCGUUGUCCGAAAGAGACAAGGAGGACUCUCCAGAGGUGAAGACCGAAGACACUAAAGACGCCGCGACCAUUGUGGCGGCCUUCAAGGAAUCUGGUGCCCAUGAGAUGGAGAGCAUGCGCCAGCUGAGAGCCCACAACAUCCAGAAGCGCCUGGAGGACACCGGCUCGGCACGCUACUGCUCCUGCCACCGCUUCUUUGGCGGCCACAUGCUGCAGUGCGAGCUCUGCAAGGACUGGUUCCACGCCAGCUGUGUGCCGACCCCAAAGUCCCGCGGCGCUCCCAAGCCCGGCCCCGCGGUUGGGGUCGGCCCGGCGUCGGCUUCCUCCCCCAGCCCGGCGGUCGCCGGGGCCACUGCGGCCGGCCUGGGCACGUCGUCCCUGGGCCAGCGCGAGAGCAAGUUCCUGUGCCCGGCCUGCCUGCGUUCCCGGCGUCCCCGUCUGGAGACGAUCCUGUCGCUGCUCGUCUCCCUCCAGAAGCUACCCGUGCGGCUGCCCGAGGGGGAGGCCCUCCAGUGCCUCACCGAGAGGGCCAUGUCCUGGCAGGACCGUGCGAGACAAGCUUUGGCUACGGAGGAGCUGGCCGCAGCACUGGCCAAGCUGUCCGUCUUGUCCCAGAAGAUGGUGGAGCAGGCAGCUCGAGAGAAGACUGAGAAGAUCAUCAGUGCCGAACUACUGAGGGCGGCCAGCAAGCCAGAGCUUCAGCCUCACCUGCAGAGUGUCGCUCAGUCUGCAUUCAGUGGUCUCAAGGUUCAGGACAAAGUUGACGAGUCUUCCUGUGGGCCUACAGAGCUGGACAGCAAUGCCAGCAUACCUGAAGAUGUGAUUCCCGCUGUGGCGGCCGAACAAGAAGUGUCCUUGUCUGGCGAGGGAGUCGACGAGAGCAAGCCUGUGCUUGAGGAGGAAAAGGGAAAGCCUCCCUGUGACAGCUACAAUAGCAUGGAGCAUGCCUAUUCCACAGCCUCCAAGAACACCACUGCGGCGAGCCCGUCCCCGCGCAAGCACGCCCGCAAGUCUCCGCUGGUGCCGCGCAAGGUGGAGUCACCCGUGCUGGAGCUGUCGCACCUGGCCAAGGCCCAGCUGGAGGCCCUGAUGAUGGAGGGGGACCUGCUCGAGGUGUCCCUGGACGAGACCCAGCACAUCUGGCGCAUCCUGCAGGCCACCAAGCCCCCCGGCGACCCUUUCUCUCCCUUCGAGGCCUUCCCGGAGUUCGAGGACUACGCGGAGUUUGCGAAGAAGCCCGAGAAGAGGAUCAAGAAGCGCAAGGUCGAGCAGCCGGAGGGAGCCAGGGUGAGACCAGAGCACCGACCUCGUCCGGGGUCGACGUCUUUUCGUCGAAUCCACCCGCAGCCCCGGCCCAAGCCUAAGCUGCAAAAGAGGGCCUCGAAGGAGGAGGCCGGCAGUCCGUCGCCCGGCGCGGGAUCAGCCUCGGGCCCUGAGACGGCGAAGCCCGCGGGCAAGAGGCCGGCCAAGGAGCCGGGCCGGCGGGAGCCCGAGCGCAAAGUGCGGCCCCCGAAGAAGGUGCGCCCCAAGGAGGAGGGAGGCGCCCAGACCGGAGCGGAGAGGGUGGUCAAGCGACGCAGGGUGGCGCCGUCCCACAGCGGCGGCGCCGAGACGCAGGAGCAGGACGACGCAGUCGGGGGCGCCGCGUCCGAGGACCUGUGCUCGGCGCCGGACUGCGUCAAGCCCCAAGGUGAAGCCGUCAACUGGGUGCAGUGUGACGGUGGCUGCGAGCAGUGGUUCCACCUGCUGUGUGUCGGGCUGAGCAUGAACGAGGUGAAGGACAGUGAGGACUACUACUGCCCCCAGUGCAUCCCGGCCAAGGGCAAGGCCUCGGACACCGAGGAGGACGGCACUGCGCUUCAAGACGUCUUCAAGGUCAAACAGGAGGGGGAGGAAGAGCACCAGGACGAGGAGGUGCCACAGUGCGAGGAAGUGGACGACGCGGUCGGCCACGAAGUUGCGGAGUGCCCGGCGGAGACGGCGGUUGUCCUCGAAGAAAGCUGCUGCCAGCUGGUCGAAGCCGCCGUCUGACUUUACUUUUAGGCCACCACCCACGGUUUUCGUUUGUUUCCUGAGAGAGGAGGAGGCCAGAGACUCGGAAGAACGAAGGAGGGAAGGAAAGUGUUUUGGUUUUUGUAGGAUCAUCGUCUCCGUCGUCGGAGCUUUGGCUCGAACCGUGGAAAAAGUGUGUCGUUUUCUUCGAGCCGAGGGAACGACGGCCUGCGUUGGAUGGCUUGUGCAGUUUUUUUAUGGUAUUUUUGUAUAUCAUUUUGUCCCCCUUCUUAUCAAAGAAUCAUUUCUUUUUUUUUUUUUUUUCUGGAACUGCGAGGGACUGGCGGUGAUGGUGUCGUGCGUCGCGUUUCCUUACAAUGCUGUCUCGUCUGCAUGUGUGCGUGUACUCUUCUCUUGUGACUCGUUUGAAGGCUCUUUCCUCCUGUACUGUUUUUCGGUGUGUCCUUUCUCCGUGCACGCAUGCACGAGGCCCUUGCGGCUGCAGCCUUUAGGCCCGGCCGGGACGCCUCCUCGCUAUGACAACUGUGCCCUUUCCCACCUUGGGCAUCGACGCGGGGAGAAAAGCUGCCCUCGGUGUCUAAGUGCGUAGCCGGGAGAUGGUCGUGUAUAUAUUAUAUAUACAUAAAGAUACUAUACGAAAAGCCUAAAAAAACUAUGAGGGUCGAGUUUGACUCGUUUCAUGUGUUCCCCGUCCCUUUCCGUCGACGUGAAUUUCCGGUUCGAAGGAAUCCUUGCAGUUCUGGUAAAGUAGUCCGAGACCUCACUCCCUCUCAUCUCACUGUAUUCUAUUUAAGCCAUUGGGUUCUCGAGUCGUAACAUUGCAUUGGCUCCGCUAGGCUGUCCACCCACGCCGUGCUUGUCCCGUUCCUAGUCUCGGAAACGGGCCCUUUCGUUGCUGUUCACUGCUGAGAAUGAAACGCACCCGGCACGAGGGUAGAAGGCUGGUAUUGGGGAGUCUUCAUUAGUUGUGUGGUGGAAUGCUCGUCUGUGUGCCACCCCCCCCCUUCCCCCUCCCCCCCCCCUCCCUCUCUCUCUCCCUCCCUCCCCAAAGAGUUUCUCUUGAGAGGAAAGAACAAAGAUAACAUUGACCUCUGAAUGAAGGCGAAAAGGUGCACACACUGUUCUGUGUCUCAUCCGUCUCUGUGCUUUGCAAAUUUGUGCUUCCUGUCGCCGACGUACCAUUCACAUUUUCAUUACAUACAAUCACUGUCUGCAACUUCAGUUAAACAGGUCAAAGCUUUGUCCACGCGCAACUGUGUAGCGCAUUUCGGGUACGGGCAGGCGUAGCGGGUGGUUACCACCCCAUAUUUAUUUACAUUGUAAGACUUUUUUUUUUCUUCUUCCUGUGGCUGUGAAAAGAGUAUGAACAAUGUGCUGUUUUUUUCUUGUGCUUCCUCUUUUGUGCAAUUAUUUUUUUUAAUUGUUAUUUUCCAGGUUUAGAGAGGUAUUUACUCGUCUUUCUCACCCAUUCUCUGAGGCAGUGUGUGGCUCUUGGAUUAUAGAUAGUGAUUAGUAUUGUUGCACAUUAUUUUGCACCCCCACCUUUCUUGGAGAGUGAUAAUUUAGUAGAAGCACGUGCAUUUAGAAUGUACCCCCCUCCCCAUCCAAGGAGAUUCAUUCUGCCAAGCGUGCAGAAACACUUGAGCAGCCAGAUUCUGUGUUCCCGAUGUUUAUUUAACAGGCACGCUACGACAUAUAGACGAGAUGAUACUUCUGUCCAAAAACAUUCGAUAAAAUUGAUAUUGCUUGUAAAUACAUGGAAAUUGAACGUGAGUGUGGGCUGUCUUGACUUGUUUCCCUGUAGAUUCUAUUGCCCAGGCAAUUGUAACAGUUGAGAAUACAUCUGGUCGAUGAAUA